GAGAGAGAAAGGAUAUAAUUGAUGUGUGUCUCUUUCCUGGUGGGACUCUCACUCAGGAGACCACACAAAGUGUAGGAGUAGUAGUAGUAACUGUAGUCAUCUGAAAGGCCGGAGCCAUGAGGCAAUGACAACGAGGUGACAGUCAUACGGAGGUGUGACAGACUUUCUUUGGCUCAAUGGUUGGAGAUGUCCAGCACCCCGGCUGAUAAAGUGCAGACGUCCCGUGCAGCAGCAGGAGUAGCCGUAUCUCCCAGUGACACACCCUCCCCUCGGCCUCCGUCCCGGUCAGAUGGGCGGAGGUUACCCAGCAUUCCUUCACCAGACUCCCAGGAACUGAUGCUACGACAUACAAGCCAACACACAAUGCCAGUAUCUAAGGGAACCAAUGGCUAUGGGCCUUUCUUCCAGGAGUAUAAUCUCAUGGCUGAGUACAAUCAGCUGUGUUCUUUGAAAGCACCAGGGAUAUAUGUAAUGCCGUCUGCCAAAUCACCUCGCAUCUGGAAUGGUGUGCUGUUCAUCCGGCAGGGAUUGUACCAGGAGGGUGUGUUCCGGUUCACACUCACCAUCCCAGACAACUUCCCCGAUACAGACUGUGACUGUCCUAGCGUGGUGUUCGAGUACCCCAUGUUCCAUCCUUUAGUCCAUCCAGUGUCUGGCCUGCUAGACGUGAAGAAGGGCUUCCCCAAGUGGAGGCGCAAUGUGAACCACAUCUGGCAGGUUUUACUGUAUGCAAGAAGGAUAUUCUACAAGAUAGAGACAAAGGCUCCCUUGAAUCAAGAAGCAGCUGAUUUAUACUAUUGUGUUGCUAUAGAUACCACCAGGACCCCGGACGACUACAAGAAGCGGGUAGCAGAGUCAGUCCAGGCAUCGAAGGAGCGGAUCUAUGAACCGCCAGCGUCUGAUGACCCCUAUGCAAUAAGGUUCAGUGAGUGGCAGCCUCUGGUGCAUGAGGAGUCCCUGCAGGAGAUGCUGGAGUCUAAGACAAGCCAAGGUGAAAGUCGCAGUGGGAGUCCACCAUCUUUAGGCCUGUCCUGGGUUUCUCUGGAAACAACGCAGAUCUUGUCCCGUGAAGACCCAGCCACAGCAUAGCAGGAAGUGCUCAGACCGGAGGAGGGGAGUUUGUGUCUGAUCGAAGAGAUGGUCUGUGAUUAGCUCAGACACUCCCAGGGAUUGCAUGUCCUUAGGACAAGUGAUUUUAUUCAAUGAGGAUUCUGAAUGACAGACGCUGGAUUUGUGCAUCAUACCUUAAGGAAAUUUGCAUGUGUCAGUCUGUGUGUAACAUCGCCAUGGCAAUAGUGAGCAUCAGUGACCAUCAUGGUUCUUGACUAUAAAUAGAAACAAUUAAACACCUAAAAGGAAGCAGGACAAUAUCGGCUUCAAAGAGGAUGCAUGAUUCAGACUGUGAUCACUGCCAUUUUCUCAUUUUUUUCAAAUAUUUUGAAAAAUACUUCUGAACAUUGCUAUAUUCCUUUGGUCCCACUCACUGGGAAGAAGCUGAAAUGUUAACCAAGAUGGUUGUACCCAACUGAAGAGGACCAACUCGUCCAUGUACACCUGACUUCAGCAUCAGGAACUUAAUAUCACUACAGAAAGUCACGGAAAAUACAAUGGGGACUGAUGUUGAGAAUCUUUUAUUCGAUUGCUUUUUGUGAAUGAACACUUUAGCUGCAUUUUUUUAAUGAGUUUAUGUGCUAUCUUGUAAUGUCAACAAAAUGUUGGCUUGGUCUAAAAGGGCAACAGUUCUUCAACAAAUAAUAAUUCUGAAACAAACAAAUAGACCAUCCUCCCUGUCACUUUUAUUCAAACCCAGCUGUUUUUAUUUAAUCCUCCCACCUUGCAAUAUACAUCAUUUUUAAGUUGCAUGUUGUUUGAUGGGGCUUUGCAUGAACAUGAUCAUCUAUAUAACAGUAUCACUUCGGCUUGUCAAACUUUUAGUUCAUUUGUGUGAUAAUAGGAACUUGAUUUGUACUUGUUUAAGAUAACGUUGCAUUUUCAUGAUUGUGUUUUAGAGUUGAGUUUGACGUGUUUGUGCCCACAUUGAAACAGGACCAACAUAUGCGGACAUUGAAGAUGUGUGUACUAACAUGGUUCUGGGCCCUGUCUGAGUUAGGUAGGUAGGUGGUAGGCGAGUAGAUGCAGCAUAGGGGUUGACAUGUUGACUGUGGAACCAUGGUCGAGGGAUGUACUGACAUUGAUCUGGGCCCUGUCUGAGUUAGGUAGGUAGGUGGUAGGCGAGUAGCUGCAGCAUAGGGGGUGACAUGUUGACUGUGGAACCAUGGUCGAGGGGUGUACUGACAUUGUUCUGGGCCCUGUCUGAGUUAGGUAGGUAGGUGGUAGGCGAGUAGCUGCAGCAUAGGGGGUGACAUGUUGACCGUGGAACCAUGGUCGAGGGGUGUACAGGGGACAUGUAGCUCAUAAUGUACUACCAACUACUGACAAAAUUUGAAAUAUAAAAUUAGAACUUCACUAGUUUCCAAAAUGUUUAUUGAAAUAGUUAGACCUGUUGUUCAGAGGCAAGGUGUAUGGCCAGUAACAUCUGUACAUACAUCUACACUGGUGAACAGGACUUAGUUUGUUACAAUGUAAAAUGUUGUCAAUACAGGUUAUGUAAAUACUGCUAAUGGAUAAUUUUGAUCCUGCCUGGAACAAGGUUCAUGAGCAGCACCCUUAGCUCAGUCAGUGUUCUCAAUUUUUUCAAGAUCUGUCUUCAAGGUCAUUGGUGAAGAGGGGACAAGAUACAUUGUAGUGUGAAAGGUAGCACCCAGGAGCAUGUUUGAUUGUCAUUGUCAAAAUAUUUUAAUCAUCAUUGUAUGAUAUACUACUCAAAAGCAGUUAAGAUCAUUCAAUCCUUUCAUGUCAAGACUUUACCUUUUGCGAUAUGAAAGAAUUGCGGUCUUUUCCUUCUUUUGCAUAGUAAAUGAUAAGAUUAUGUGUCACAUCAUAAUACUGUGGAAGGUUUUUUGAUAUUAUGGCUGCAAAACAAGAAAUGGCACUAAACAUGACAUUGUAGAAAGUUGCCCAAUCCCCAAACGUCUAGUCCUGUGGUUGUCAUGACCCACUGUAUGACGAGAUUAUUGUUGCCAGUCUGGAGGAACUAUCUAUGCAUAGGAAUACAUGUAGGUGCCUUUAUUCCAGUCAUGUUGUUUGUGUGGAUACAGUGUCCAGUUGCACGGACAUCUCAGGGCCCCAAGUCAUGUGUUCCCAACGUAGGAAUGCUUCAUUACAGGAAAUGUUCAUGGACAGGGAUGACAUUAGUUGGUUUCAUAUUCCGGGAAGCCCAGUUGUUUUAGGAACUGCAAUUUGCUCUACAGAGUUACCUCCCUUAGAAAUAUGUGAGUUUGAAUCCAAGAUUUCAUCAUACUAGUGCUUAUGGUAAAGUGUUAAUGUGUAAGACCAGUGUCACUUGAGGAUUUCCCCCUCAUUUAGACACAUGCUGUAAUAGAGCUGAAAUAUUGCUGACAACAGCAUUACGCCAAACUGACGGGAUGCUAGCCCUCUGUGCAGGACUGGAACAACUUCACUAACUAUAUCCACCGAUACUAAUCAAACACAGUGAAAUGGUAUCCUUGGAUCUAAAAGUUCUUUGGUCAUGUAGGUUCUAAGAUUAUGGUAAAGACAGUUCAACACUGGGUGCCUGUACAUAGUUGACACAGUUGUCAACACAAUAGCAAUAUGCCCCGAGUUGUAAGUGCAUGAGUGACAAAUAAAGGCUCCACAAUUGCACUUUAAGGGUCAGUUUGCAAUGUCCAAUUAUGUAAUAUUAUCUUAAUUAUUUACGUUAGUAAUGACAUUAUUAAGUAUCAAAGAUGAAAGGGAUUCUAAAGAAUUUUGUGUGGUGUAAUCAUUAUAAUUACAAGCAUGGGUAGAAGGGUAAUUGUAUGUUGCUUGUGAUGUUGAGAGCUUUCUCUAGCAAUAGACAUGAGUGUUUUGUAAUUAGAAAGCAUCGUCAGUCAGAAUCAAAACAGACUGCUUAUUUUGAUAUUCAUGUACCUAAAUGCAAAUAAUGUAUGACUUCUCAAUGAAAGUAUGCACCAGCUACCAUUUUUACAGCAUGUCGUAAAAUGAUACUAGCUGUUUUUUCAAUGAAUAUUACAAUGAACAACUGAUUCUGCUUCUAUGAAAAUUUCAAAUUUCAUGUACAAAGAGAAAUAUUUGGUGAAGGAUGUGUAAUUUUUACUGUUUAAUUUAUACAUUUGUUUGAUGGAAAAGCAUGUUAUUUUCAUAUUUGACACGUUUCAUAUUCCAUCGUCUAUCAACAUGAACAUGUAAACCAUUGUGAAUAAAGAUACCUUACAGGAGAA